AGCACGAUUAUAAACUGAACUCGAAUAGACUGGGAACCAUGAUAAAUGUCAAGUGUCAACACUUAACUACUCUACUUUCUCUCUUACUCUUUUGUAUUUUCCUAUUUCGCUGGUGUUGCUAUCGCAUUCUUUCGCUUUGAUUUGAUUCCCUUUCCGUCCGUACGUCCGUCUGCCGUCAAGUCAAGUCAAUCUGUCACGGUCAAAAAUUCUCGCACUGGUUUUGCUUGGAUUUUACAAUUUUUUGAAAUCUGAGCUACGAAUUUAGCAAACCAGCUGAAGGGAAACAGCUGUUCAUUCAUUUAUCACUUUUCGUGAAACGUUAUACUUUUAAUGUUUAAGUUGUUAUUAUAGUUUGCAUAUGUGCAUCCCAACAACACUAGUGCAUUAGCUAUUGUUAUAAAACACCCAAGUUAUAAUGGUGUAAGUAAAUAGAGGCUGUAAAGAAAUAAAUAGAUUGCGAGAUGGAGUACUCGCCAGAGAACUUGGAGUACGCGGUGUCAGUAUUUUACAAUGGCGAGCAGGACGACCGGGCGAAGGCUCACGCCUGGCUUACCGACGCUCAGCGCGUCCCAGAAGCCUGGAAAUUUGUCUGGGAACUGCUACAACCCAACAAGGGCACGGAGAUCCAGUUCUAUGCGGCUACAACAUUGCACACAAAGAUACUGCGCUGCUGGAACGAGGUGCCUCCGGAAAGCCAUGAUGAACUGAAAGAGAAGCUACUGCAAGCUGUCUAUACAUAUAGCAAAGGCCCAAAAAUAGUUACCAACAGAUUAUGUAUAAGUCUUGCAGCAUUUAUACUACAACAGGGCACAAGUAACUUGGCAGCAAUAUUGCGACCCCUGUCAGCCGCUGAAAACACGUCAUUACUAUUAGAAGUGCUGACUGUUAUACCGGAAGAGUAUAACAGCAUGACGAUGGGCACGGCGCUCCGGGCCAAGAAUAGAAGCGCACUGACACAGGCUUGCCCUGCAGUUCUAGAUGACUUGCUGCGGUACCUGCAAUCUGUAUACAACGAAUACUCCAGUCCGCCGCCGGACUCCGAAGUCCAACUGUGGUUGUCAGCGUCCACCUGCGCCGCCAGCUGGCUCGCCUUGAACGAGGAUGGCGAUAACGGGCCGCUGCCCGACCGCCUGCCGCUGUGCGGCGCGCUGCUUGCCGCCGUGCGGCUGCUGUACACAUGGAAUGAAGCCGUCAGCGACGUGGCUCUCGACGUAUGUGAGGCGUGCCUCGGCGCCGUGCGCGCCGCCGCCGGACAAGACUCGACGCGGCAACCCGCGGCGGCGUUACAACUCAUCGAGCAACUGGUCGCUACAGCGGCCCCCGUGUUCCAGCGCGACAACCGGCCCGACUCCAUCAACGAGGAGUUACUCUCAGCAUUGAUCACAUGCCUCGUGGGCGUGGGCGAGACGCACGCGGGCGCCGUGGUGCGCGCCGUGGAGGCGUCCCCUUCAGCCCCCGCGAGGCAACUGCUGGAGCUGCUGCUGUGCGCGCAGGCCGCGCCCGGCCACUACCCGCGACACGAGGCGCGCUCCAACCUCGUGUUCGGCUUCUGGUACACGCUGCAGGACGAGAUCCUCAACGUAAUGGAGACGACAAGCAGAAUAACGCCAGUAUGGCGCGACGUGUUCUCGCGCCUUCUGACCAUUCUAGUGGCCAAGUCCGAGGCGCCCCCGGACUCGGCGCUGUCACGCGACGACCAGGAGCUACUGCGGUGCUACAGACAGGACAUAGCCGAUACUGUGAUGUACUGCGUCGGCAUCCUCGGCGACUGGUGUUGGACGACGGUGGAAGCUGCGUGGGACGCGGCCGACACCCCCCUCAGAAAAGAGGCCGCUCUCCACGUGUUUCUAGCUCUCGCCGACAGCGCCCCGCACCGGCGGGCGCCCGACCCCAUACACAACAUGUUAGGACACGCCGUGGAGGCCGCGAGGAGCGAGAGCGGGAGGAUGCUGGACACCGCGCUGGACUGCCUGGGCAGCUACGCGGGCUGGGUGGCGGCUCUCGAGGGUCCGCGCGGCGCCGCGCUGGGGCAGGCGUGCGUGUCGGCGUCGGGCGCCGCGCUGCCCCGCGCCGGGCCGGCGGCGGCGCUGGCGCUGCGCAAGCUGUGCGCCGACUGCACCGCGCCCGCCGCCGCGCUCGCCGUGGACAUCGUGCAGGCGGCGCAGAAUGCAUUGUGUGUUUAGAGCGAGCAAGCACGGUCCGAAGCGUGGGUUCGCCGCCAGCUGCUGAGCGCGGCGGGCUCGGCGCUGGCCGCCGCCGACCCCGACGUGGCAACGCCGCUCCUGCACGAGCUGGCGGCGUCGCUCGCCGCCGACCUGCGCCGGCAGGCCUCGGAUCCAGCGCGCGCGUCGGGCGCCGCCGAGUGCGCCGCCGCGCUGCUGGCGGCGCUGCCGGCGCAGCCCGCGCUCUGUCUGUCGCUGUGUCAGACCCUGUUGCCCAACCUGACUGCCUUCGCGUGUCCGCAGCUUGUAGAGCCAAUGUUCCACGUCCUAAAGCAAAUGGUGUCGUCUCUAAUGGACGACUGCCGGCCGCUAGUGGACGCAAUAGGACAGCUCACUGCCGCCGGCUUCCGCGCUCGACCCACCGCCGCCGGGCUGGACGUCGUCAAACUGUUGGUGAUAGUGUUCGGCAACGAGUACCCCUCCAUGCCGGCGCUGUUCCACUCGAGCAUCGCGCUCAGCGCGCGGAGCGUCGCGGCCGAGCCGGCCGGCGCGCCCGACCUCGCCGAGGCGCUGUUCGCCGUGCUGCGACAGGUUACCAAGAAGAAGCCCGCCUAUAUCGACUGGAUAGAUGAUCUGCUGCCGGAACUGGUCGAACUAGGCAGCGAGUGCGUGCGCAUGUGGGAGGCGGGUGCGGCGCGCGCGGCGUGCGCGUGGCUGGCGGCGCUGGCCGGCGCGCGGCCCGGGGCGCUGCAGCCGCGCGCGCCGCUGCUCACGGCGGCCGCGCUCCGGUGUAUAGGGGGCGCCACCCCCCGCAACCAGAUCGAGCCGCUCGCCGAGCUGCUGCUGGCGCUGAACCGGGCGGCGUUCGACGGCGGCGACCUGGCGGCGUGGCUGCGGCAGGCGCUCGCGGUCGACGACUUCCCCACCAGGCACGCCACCGAGCCCAGCAAGCGCAAGUUCAUCGCUGCCGUUAUCAAGGAAAAAAGCAGCAAGCGUCGCCUACUAGAGUCCGUACAAGAGUUCAGUCUCGUGUGUCGCGGGCUGGUCGGCACGGAGUACGCGCGCCAGUCGCUCGCCGCCAAGCAGCUCGUGUCCUGAGCCCUGCUCGCCGACCAGCGGCCGUGUCCGUUCUAAUGCUCCACAAUAACAUUGAUGAGUGUCGAGCGAUAACAUGAGGUAGUCAGUAUCAACAGUAGCGGAUGAAAUAACGGUCCAAAAACGGCAAGCGUCGCCUACUAGAGUCCGUUCAGUCUCGUGUGUCGCGGGCCGGUCGGCACGGAGUACGCGCGCCAAUCGUAAGUUUAUCACCUACAGAAAAUCUGCCGAAAGCUUCAAAAACAAGCCCUUAGAACAAAUAUUGGAAGCAAGGAAAUGUGAUAUUGAAUCACGGCACGCGUUUAAAACCAGCCCGCGCAGCAUGGUUUCCCCUAUCACUAAGUCCGUCACUUUCGCACUCACAUACUUGUUAGAACGUGACAGGCAUGGUGAUAAGCGUACCGUGCUAAGACUCCUGGGUCAGGUUGAUAUAUUACCCGAGUGAGUAGAGACCUUAGCAAAUUUUGCCCCGACACGAACAUAACAAAGUGAGCUAGUGUCGUUAUAAACGGCAUAUUUUCAUUGAGACAUUAAAAUGAUGACAACAAAUGCUAUGCGAUUAGCGUAGUUGGAUUUUGGCAAUUCAAUGAAGCUUUAUUCAUUGGGAUAAUUCAAAAAGAGACUAGUUAACGCUAUCUCUACUGGGCUCGUUCACUUACCUGUACUUUUUAUUUCUUUUGUAUGAGCGCGUGGCCUUUUUGUGCCUGAGGCUCACACACAAUGGCCACGCGCGCAGGCACAAAGGCCACGUGCUUACAUAAAAGAAAUAAUGGCUUUUGUUUAACAGAAUGCCAUUGUUAGUACAGGUAAGUGAACGAGCUCAGUAGAGAUAGCGUUAACUAUAAUAGGUGUGUUCGUCAUUCAGUCUUAUAGGUUGUCUCAGUUUUUGUUCUACAUGUAAAAUAUUUGUAUAACGUCGAAUAAUUGUGCUUCCUUUUGUGUUUUUAUUAAAACAUAGUUUUCAGUCAAAAAUACAAUCUAGGCAAUCAUGUAACGAUUUUACUCAUAAAUAAUGAUUUUAUAAUAUUUAAUGGGGUCUCUAUUGUUUCUCAUUAAGUUUUAAGUCACAAUGUAUUGUUUGUCCGAAUUUUCGUUAGUCAUAAUUUGGUUUUUCUCAGAAACGCGUAAUUUUUCAGGAUUGAAAUAAAACAAACUUAACCUAUCUACAGGAUAACCUUACCAAAAUCCUGAAAUGUUAACGAUUUCAGAGUUAUGACUAAUGAUAAUCUGACAAUAAUUACAUUAUGAGUAUUAUGACAUUUAUGACUUUCAAUAAUUAUGACAAACAACGGGAUCCCUAUUUAAUGACAUAGAAUAAUAAGUUAUGAUGAUUGGGAAUGUGAUAUAAUAAUAUUUAUAACUUUGUACAUAUAAAGUAUUUUUGUGAUGACUUAAUGACCUUAAGUGAUAAUUAUGUAGUCUUAUCAAAACAAAAAUAAUCUUGACAGGUAAUAAAUGACAUGAAAUGUUUUUGUUGUUUUUUUUAAAUGAAGUUAAAAUAAUAUUGUUAUUUAAAUCCAGCUCUAAUGUUAAUUUUAAUUCUUUGUCGUUACAAAUAAAGAUAGUUUGUAUAAAUUCAAUCAAUUUUCUGGAAACAUUAUUUUAUGUACCCUCAAUAUGUGCAGAAAUGUCUAGGCAUUAAAGGGCAAGAAGCCUAGAAAAUAAUACAGGGUGCUUAAGAAAAGUAUUUUGCAUAUUUAUGUCAAUAUAAUCUACAAAAUAUUCUAAUUUAUACGACUUCUAAAAACAAAUCAGUUGCGUUUAAAUAACCACAUUUAUAAUCUACUAUUGAAGAUUCUAAAUUGUGACUAGCUUUUCCAAUAUUACCUACAAUCUAUUGGUUUUCUUUUGAAAUGUAACUUGUCGGCGUCUCUUUGUUUCCCAUAAAUUUUUAAGUCAUAAUGUAUUGUUUGUCCACAUUUUCGUUAGUCAUAAUUUGGUUUUUCUCAGAAACGCGUAACUUUUCAGGAUUGCCAUAAAAAAAACCUAAUCUAUAGGAUAACCUUAGGAAAAUCCUGAAAAGUUAACGAUUACAGAAUUAUGACUAACGAUAAUAUGACAAUCAUUACAUUAUGACUUUCAAUAAUUAUGUCAAACAAAGGGACCCAACUUGUCGAUAUUUCUUUAAGGGGCCGGUGUCGAUUUUAGUCGCCAAAAUGUAAAAUUGAUAGAUUUAGUCGGUGAAAUUGUACACCUUUUGUUACCUAAUUGAAAUAACAAGUACUGGUUUCUAUUAGCGCAUCUUCUUAUCUUACCUUUUAUCAGAUCAAUUUGUUGAAAACAGACUCACUAAAUUAGUAAUGUUUGCUUUUCUGAUGGACGUUUAGAUAAACGCGCGUAAAGCACUGAUUUUGUCGCUCUUAUUUGUAAAUUUCGUAAAGUUUGGACGGCUAAACAUGGUAAUUUUGUAUUACACAUAUCCUGUACUUGACGUUUAUCAGACUACUUUUUUAUUAUUAUGACUUUGAAGUAGUGUAAAUGAAAGUUAGACGAAAUCAAUUUUCUCCAGAAAUGACUUCAAAACAAGUGACAAUUUCUCUGAAAAACUACUUAAUUUCAACGUAAUUUUGAUACUUAAACAAUCUACAACAUUUGUUGAAACUAUUCUUAUACAUCAAUUUGUAUAAUUUACCACCAUAAAUUUUUGAUUAAUUUUUAAAAACUGCCCCUUCUUUUCAUAUAUUACCGGUGACGCACGCUCGGGACCUCAUUAUUAAAAGGCAAGAUGAGAAGACGUGCUAAUAGAAACCAAUACUUGUUAUUUAGAUAUUACGUAACAAAACGUGUAUAAUUUCAACGACUAAAUCUAUCAAUUUAAAAUUUUUGCUCCAAAAUCGACUACGGCCUCUUAAAUGAGUUAUAUAUAGGUCCUGUUUACACUUGCGUUUAGUAGCAAAUGUAUGAACUCGCACUUAACGAGGGCUAACGCGUAUGAAUUCGCCGCUAGUGGCGCUAGUGUAGAUGGUGGUCUUUUCCAUAGUUCGAAAUGUCACUUGUCACUUCAAUGACUGACAGCUGUUCUUUAGUCUUUUGGACCACCAUCAACAGAGGCGCCAACUGGUGAGCAAAAAAACGAUAGCCCUCAUUUGUUGACAGGACCUGAGAUAAAAAUGAUCUCUUUGUAUAGAAAUCCUCUAUGUGUAUUAGUGUAUACGGACAAGUAUACAUGGCGUCUAUUUUAACUGUAAAUAAACGUUAAAUAUUGUUAAUGUAGCGAUUUUCUCAAAAAUAAAACAUUGGCUU